AUGGCGUCCCAAACCCCAGCCGUUGUCAUGGACAACGGUACUGGAUACUCGAAAUUAGGUUUCGCCGGUAACGACUCGCCUUCAUUUGUUUUCCCUACCGCAAUUGCGACCAAAUCUGGUGCUGGAAGCACCAAGCCUCCUGUCGCCAACAAACCCGGGUUCUUGUCUGCAGGUGGUGGGGCAGGCUCACACUUGUCUUCGAAGCGUGGUACAGAAGACCUGGAUUUCUUCAUCGGCGAUGAAGCUCUAGCUGCUGCCAAUGGUCCGGGAUAUGGAAUCAACUACCCCAUCCGACAUGGUCAGAUUGAGAAUUGGGAUCACAUGGAACGGUUCUGGUCGAACUCGAUCUUCAAGUACCUGCGCGUCGAGCCGGAGGACCACUACUUCCUUCUCACUGAACCUCCCCUGAACCCUCCCGAGAACCGUGAGAACACUGCGGAGAUCAUGUUCGAGUCGUUCAACUGCGCUGGUCUUUACAUUGCGGUUCAAGCCGUGCUUGCACUCGCUGCCUCGUGGACUUCUUCUAAAGUGACCGAUCGAUCCCUCACAGGAACCGUAAUUGACUCCGGUGAUGGUGUCACCCAUGUUAUUCCCGUCGCGGAAGGCUACGUCAUCGGAUCCUCUAUCAAAAGCAUACCCAUUGCCGGUCGAGACAUCACGUAUUUCGUACAAAGUUUGCUUCGUGACCGAGGCGAGCCCGAUAGCAGCUUGAAAACUGCUGAGAAGGUUAAGGAAGAGUAUUGUUACGUGUGCCCGGACAUUGUGAAGGAAUUUGCCCGCUAUGAUCGCGAGCCGGAUCGACUCCUCAAGCAUACUGUCACCUCGCCCAACGGCCGGUCCGUGAACAUCGAUGUCGGAUAUGAGCGCUUCCUUGCUCCCGAGAUCUUCUUCAACCCUGAAAUCUACUCUUCCGACUUUUUGACUCCGCUGCCGACCGUCGUCGACGGUGUGAUCCAGUCUUCCCCUAUCGAUGUUCGGAGAGGCCUUUAUAAGAACAUUGUCUUGUCCGGAGGAUCUACGCUAUACAAGGACUUUGGUCGGCGUUUGCAGCGUGAUAUCAGGCACCUGGUCGAUGCUCGCAUUCGCGCGUCCGAAGCUCGCAGUGGUGGUGCCAGGAGUGGUGGCUUGGAUGUGGCUGUUGUGACGCACAAGAGGCAGAGACAUGGUCCGUGGUUCGGAGGUAGCUUGUUGGGUCAGACCCCAGAGUUCCGCAGCUACUGCCACACCAAGGCAGAGUACGAUGAGAUAGGCCCCAGCAUUGUCCGGAGGUUUGCCCUUCUCGGAGGCCCAGGCAGCUCGUAA